AUGGAUCAGACAGAGACACAGCAACCACCUACACCAGCCCAGAUUGAUAACUGGCAUACCCUCGGUUUCAUAUAUGCAGUUGAAGAAGGGAUUAUGACAGACACUCCCGCAGAUAUAUCACUCGAAUCUCCCACCAUUCCCUUCGAUGAGGACUCACCUCCGGAUCAACCACCUAGUGAACUGUUGCCAUCCAGUCAAGAGGCUGGACACGCGGCGAGUUCUCCGGCACCAGUCGUUGAAAUCAAUGCCGAUGAGGAGGAUGAUCCUACACGUUGUCCCAAUCACGCGAUUUCGGAACCUCUUUUACGUAAACGGAAAAGAGAAGAUGUCGAUGGGGUAGACUUUCGGUCUAAACUGAAACAUUUGGUGAAGGAAGUCCUGGAACCAUAUGAGGCCUUGGAAAAGGAGAAACGUCAAUGGGAGAAGGACAAGGAAAUUUUACAGGCUCAGAUUCAAUUUUUACAGCGACAACUCGGCGAGCGCAAGCCGCGCAAUAUUUUGAAGUGUGCUCUAUGCCAUCGCACCUUCAACGAGGAAUGGAAGUUCCUGGGAUGUGGCCAUACUCUGUGUCAGAACUGUGUAGACGACAUCAAGUCCAAGCAUUCCUUAUUCGAGUAUCCCUGCCCUUAUACUACGUGUCAGAAGCCGAUUUUAUCUUGUUUAGACUUCUAUCCAAACGUGGUGGAUGCAUAA